CUCCUCUCCCUGCUCCUCGCUCCCCCCAUGCUUUCACACCGACGAACACGCUGCGUGCUAGUUGCUAUAUGUGGGCAACUGCAGAUAGCACACUAGAGCAGAAGCAGUAUCUCCAUAGGCAUAGAAACCUAGCAGGAUAAAGGCAACUCCAUCUGGAUUCAGAGAGACACAACAAACCCUGCACAACAGCAACACGGCUAAGGUAAAGCCGUUACAGCACAAAGAAAAAAAAACACGACCCGGACACAGUGGACACCGCAUUAAAAGCAAAAACAAAGGUUUCAUUUUUCUAGAUCCAGAACCAUGAAAACCAGACUUGGAUGUCUGUCCAAUAAAUCUGACUCCUGCAGUGACUUCUCUGAAUUUUUGCCUCCUGGGCCAGAGAGGUCCACAAGAUACCUAAAGUUGUCCACAGAUGAAGUAACUAAAUGGGCAGAUUCGUUUGAUGCUCUUCUGUCACACAAGUAUGGCCUGGCAGCAUUCAGAGCGUUCCUUAAAACGGAGUUCAGUGAUGAGAACAUUGAGUUCUGGUUAGCUUGUGAGGACUAUAAAAAGAUUAAAUCACCUGCAAAGCUGGUAUCUAAAGCCAACAAGAUCUACAAGGAAUUUAUUGACGUUCAAGCACCUAAAGAGGUUAAUAUAGAUUUCCGGACAAGGGAAGAGACCAAACAGAAGCUUCUGGAGCCGACCUCCUCCAGUCUUAAUGAGAUCCAAACAAAGGUGUACAGUCUAAUGGAGAAAGACUCCUACCCUCGGUUUCUGCGAUCAAAAAUCUAUCAGGAGCUGCUGAGCAGAACACAGAUGUACUGUCAGAGGAAAUCUGUUUAAGGUUGAAUCUCUCAGUUGUUUUGCUUGUGUGUAAAUCCUAUGGAGAUAUUAGAUCAGACUUUUACUGGUAUACAUAUCAAAAUAUUCCCUGGGUUUACUGGAAAAGUUAUUGAAUAUGCAUUGUAGAACUGAAGCUAGUUUGCACUUGUAUAGAGUAUAGCCUAACCCAUCACUGUGCGCCUGCACGUGUGUUUAAUCCGUACCUCUUCCCAGCAGUAACAUCAAAGUACUUUGCAAAAAUCAGGGACCACUUUCAUUCAUCUAAUUUCCAGUCAAAAUGGCCAUUAAGUAGUUUAUUUAUUUAUUUAUUGUUCAGAAGAUAUUUCAGAGGAGAUAAGCUGUAAGAUAUUGUAUUUGCAUAAGGAAAGUCAAAGGAAACGUUUUGGUUACUCCAAAAAGUAUUCAAAGAUAUAGCCACAUUUGGAUUCCUAAUAACCAUACAAGACCAGCUAGACCAUUAAAACUGACACCAUCAGAUAAACAGCACUUAAAGCUUUCACCUUAAAGAGAAAAUUAAGUUCCACUUUCGCUUCAGAUUUGAAGAAAUCCACAGGUGUUUGUGUCUAUACUUCCAUUGUGAGAAAAAAAACUCAACACAGGUCUGAAUGGAUGUGUAGCUGACAACAAGCUGUUACUGAGGAAAGGAAGAAAAUAAGAACCUGGGUCUUCUCCAUACAAUAGACUACUCACCCAAGAGCCCAGACCUUAACAUCACUGAGAUGUAAGCAGAAAAUGCAACCAAUUCCUAAGACUUAACUUUGGUGGUGUGGAAAACUUCAGUGCAGAGUUCUCUGAAAACUGACUGCAGGUCUUCCUAAAAGAGUGAUAGCUGUAAUGAAGGCAAACAGUCCACACAGUAAAAACUGAAGAAAAAUUACUUUUUUUUUAAUUAAAUAUGUUUUCUGCUCCGGACACUGAAAAGUGAAUCAUUUGUAUGAAAAAGAAAUUUUGACUGUAAAUUAAAUCAAUGGUCUCUGACUUUUGCAUAGUACUGUAGAUGAAUUUAUCUUUAUAUAAAGGUGCAUAUAACCCUUUUUCACAAUGACUGGUUGCCUAGGCCUGUGGUUCUCAAUCCCAGUAAUGUACCAACAUUCACGACACAAGUUAAUGUUAUCCCUGCUCUAACACACCUGCUCAUGAAGGGCCUGGAAAUUGCCAGAUGAGAUGAGGUGCAUUAGAGCAAGGACAACACAAAAAUGCAUAGUGAAGAAAGCAGGACUGCGAUAGAGAACUACUGGCCUGUAGGCAAACAUAACAUAUAUUCACGUAUGUACCCAUGUGUACAGUGUGUGUCCAGGUCCCCACAAGUUUGUAUUCUUCAGAAUUUGUUGCGUUCAAGAAAUCUAUUUUGUGUGUUGUGUGUUGCAUGUAACCAUGGCCUGCUGACCUCAAGAACUGAUUCAAUUAUUUUUUAAUCCUUUGAAAGCUUGACUCAAUCCUCCAAAAUGUUCAUUGUAUCACUUUGUUAGUGUUUAUAUGUUGUAAAAAACUAAAUCAAGUAAACUGUGUCCUGACUUGA